ACUGCGCUUUAUCCGGUCCGCCGAGUGCAGCUUCGGUUGCUAAGGAACCGCUGAACGCAGGUGCCCUCAAGAUGUUGCCAUAGAGAGCAUAUGGUCAGUCUGGCUGGUUGAGGUGUGGAGGGGACACCACAAAACCAUGCCAGGAUUUCCACUGUCCUGAUUAAGUCUCCACAUCAUUCAUGUUCAUCCCUGGAUUGUAGCUACAAUUAUGGUGACGCUUCUCACAGAGCAGCUUCGUAAGCAGAGUCUGGAGGAGCCUUAUCACAAGGCUUUCUCAUUCAGUGUGAAAGCGUCAUUACCAGCAGUGGGCUCCAGUCCCACUCUUUCCUGGAGUGCUGGUAGAUCAAGACAAGAGACUAGCUUAGCCACCUAUUCAUCAUUGAAAGGACAACAUCCAGCUGAAUCCUGUGGACAUGGUUCCCUUAGGCCUACUUCCCACUCUGGAGUACAUCUCCAGAGCAUGAAAGUUUCCUUCACAGAUGAGGCUCUCCAAAGCUCACCUCCACCACCACCUCCCAAACGCCACUGUCGGUCCCUUUCUGUUCCAGAGGACCUGUUUCAAUGCCGCUCUGCCUGGCAUCCUAGUGCAUCCAAGGUUUGGACCCCAGUCAAACGUGGCUGCCAAAGUGGAGGAGCAUCUAGUUCAGGCUCUGCUGCCAGCUCUUUGCCGCUUUGUGGUCCCAAUUCCUCUUUCACCUCUUCCUCCCUUCACUCAUCUUCUAGCCCAACCUUUUUCAGCUUAGCGCUGUCCUCUGACUCUCCACUUCCAUGGAGCUUCCCAUGGGACCCCUGUGAUACACUAAAAGGAGCUUGCUCUGCUACCUUUGCUACUCCUUCCUCCUGCUCCUCUUCACCUGCCCCCCUGAUUUCUCAUUCUGUGCUCCAACGUCGCUUCUCACUCUCCCCAGUGCACAUUCAGGACACCCCUGUUGUGCUCCUGCCUCUACGGCCCUCCUUUGCUUCAGCUGUGACAUAUAGCUCUUCUGGCAUGGAGCACCCAGCCCUGUCUCAAUCUCCUACUUCAGCCUGUAGUACACCAACUUCCUCCAGGCGUGACAUUCAUCCACCGCUGCCGCGAUGCCACUCUCAGCCCUGUGACAUGCGCAAACCUCGAUUGAAGAGGCGCCAUGAUGCAGAUGUUCUUCCCUAUACUAGACCAGGCCUGGACUUCAGCAAAAUGACACAGAUUGGUAAUUGUGAGAGCCUAGCAUGUGGCACAGGUGGCUGCAUAGUUCCAGUGUCGUCCCAGGCAGAGCAAUGCUCAGCCUUCUCCCCUGCUGACUUCCUGGGACGAGGCAGCAUUGGACCACUAAGUGAAAGUGAAGAGGAUGAGGAGGAGGAAGACGAAAGAAAAAGAACUCUAAUAGAUGGAGGACAGAAGAUUGUUUUUGAAAGAGACUGCACAGAACUGGACUUAACCCUCAUAGAAGAAAACUGACAACUUGUUGGUGCUCUCCAUGUGAUUAGAGAAUCCAUAACCAUGUAAAGCACACUAGUAGGCUUUGUGCGCUCUUCAGGCAGAAUCCUUGGGAACCUUUUGCCCACCAAUGGCUUACCUUCACAGGUUGUAAUGAAGAACCAAACAUUUUGGGUUAUCUAAUAUCAAACUACAAGGUGAUGAUUGUAACCCUUAAGCACUAGUUCUCUGAUCAACAUUUCAUGAAAUGUCAGUGCCUGCCAAUUCAACACUCCAUAGGGAAAUGUGCAUGAACGAAUAAGCAAGUUUUCAUGUGCGUUUUUUUGGCUAAUAUUUUAUAUUGAUAUAAGUCUUAAUUAGUGUUAAUUGUUGGUAUGCCUUGAUAUGUUGCAGAUCCUUAUCAAAUAUCAUCACAUAUUGCAGUAAUUUGCAAUAUUAUUUGCUCACAUAAGGCACAUGAAAUACACACUUAAGUCAGACUAAAUGGAAUUAAGGUGUGCAUUUAUCAGUGUCUAUCAGAUACUUAUGGGUAAUUAGUCUACAUAAGUGUGUGGUUCUUUGAAUUUGGUCUUUGAAGUGUUGAACCAAAUAUUAUAAUUCAAAAUGGUAUGCAGGCACGGCCAACAUAAAAAAUACUGUCCAAUAUAUAACCAUAUAAAUGAAUAUGGUGCAUGAUUUGUGUGUUCUGCAAUCAGACAGUGCCACAAUGACUGCCGUUGCGACUCACUAUUACCACUUUUAGAUCUUGGCACAACUGCUUCCUAGAUGUUUUAAAAAAGAAAAAGCCAAAGAAAGACGGGUAAAAUUACGAAACUGCACAUUCUCUGGGGAUUCAAAUGUCCCCGAGUCAGCAGAAACUGGUUUUGUAGAGAUGUUUCAACUCUCAUCCAAGCUUUAGUUCUAGAACAGAAGAAGCCUCUUCAAGGAGAAGUAAAACAUCAAGAAAUCUGCAAGUCCAAUGGCUACGGAUUCAAUGACAUUUGGAGUUCUAUGACCUGGAUGAAUGAGAGUCUACACAUACACUCUCGGGAAGUUUGCAUUGAUGCCACUGCAACAAUGUUGGCUUGCUUACUGUCAGUAUUUCACCAGAUAUGUCUAUAUUAAUGCUCUGGUCGAACAAGAUACAUUCCAAGAUUUUGCUGCAGUUCUUAAAUUCUCUCUGACACACACUCAUACACACACACAUAAAUAAUUAAUUAAUUCAUUACAUCAUCAAAGAGAAGGCUGUCGGAUGGGAAAAAUAAACCUUCAUCCCUUAAAUGUAUUAUUUUCUCUGGAGCCUUUUAAAUAGCUUGGAUUAAUGCACCACAACAGCAGUCUUACUGAUGAUACUGUAAACUGACCAUGCCUUAAGCUUAAUAUACAGAGUUCUUGGGGCUGUGGUCUUUUCACAGCCAGACAUUUUUGCAACCUCCAUUUGUGCUGAUUCAGAUAUUUUUGAACAAAUAGUACAUGCACUAUAAUUGUCAGUUGAAUAACUGAACUGAUGCUGCAGCUGGACUUAAAAGGGCACAAUGAAAUGUAAUGUACAGUGGUUUGAGUGAGUACACAUGUUGAGCCAUUUCUAUGAGUGACAAAGAUGGUGGUGACAUAGAUGAUUUGGUGGCCUUUCAGAAAUGAUUUUUCAUGUGUUUUCAGAUGGAAAUAUUCCUGUUGCACAAUUUAUGUACAAAUAAACUUUAAUAGAGAA